GUAUACCAUGCCGCUGUAGGAGCUUUCACUUCCUGCAGCGCGUGACAGGAACAGUUAGUCUGAGGUAGACAGAGUUGUGAUUAACAUGGCGUUGAAGACGAUCCGUGGAUUCGUUAACGGAGCGAUGAAUGAAUUCUCGGCUGUGGGAAGUACGGCGGCCGGAGCCCGGGAGCACGCACAGGCCGUGAGCAGGAAUUACUUGACACAGCCCCGGCUUACAUACAAGACUGUCUCGGGUGUCAAUGGCCCACUCGUCAUUUUAGAUCAGGUUAAGUAUCCUAAGUUUGCAGAAAUUGUCCACCUAACUCUUCCAGAUGGCACAAAAAGAAGUGGACAGGUCCUGGAAGUUAGUGGAUCAAAAGCUGUGGUCCAGGUUUUUGAAGGGACUUCUGGAAUUGAUGCUAAGAAAACUACAUGUGAGUUUACAGGUGACAUUCUCCGUACACCUGUUUCUGAAGACAUGCUAGGCCGUGUAUUUAAUGGUUCAGGAAAACCAAUUGACAGGGGACCCACAGUUUUGGCUGAAGACUAUCUUGACAUUAUGGGUCAGCCUAUUAACCCUCAGUGUCGUAUCUACCCUGAAGAAAUGAUUCAGACCGGGAUCUCUGCUAUAGAUGGCAUGAACAGUAUUGCCAGAGGUCAAAAGAUCCCCAUCUUCUCUGCUGCAGGACUGCCACAUAAUGAGGGAAAGGCUCAGAUUUGUGCUGAACUGGGCUUCUAUAAGCCUAGCCAGAAUGUUCUUGACAUAGCUAAAGAAUGCUUUGCGGUUAUUUUUGGAGCCACAGGUGUUAAUAUGGAGACUGCGCGUUUCUUCAAAUCGGACUUUGAGGAGAAUGGUUCAAUGGACAAUGUGUGCCUGUUCUUAAAUUUGGCCAAUGACCCCACCAUUGAACGCAUCAUCACACCACGUUUGGCCUUGACAGCGGCAGAGUUUUUAGCCUACCAAUGUGAGAAGCAUGUCUUGGUCAUCUUGACAGAUAUGAGCUCUUAUGCUGAAGCACUGCGAGAGGUGUCUGCAGCUCGAGAAGAAGUGCCUGGACGUCGUGGUUUUCCUGGUUACAUGUACACUGACCUGGCUACCAUUUAUGAACGUGCUGGCCGAGUUGAAGGCAGGAAUGGCUCCAUCACUCAGAUUCCUAUUCUGACCAUGCCAAAUGAUGAUAUAACUCAUCCAAUUCCUGACUUGACUGGUUACAUCACAGAAGGACAAAUUUACGUGGACCGUCAGCUGCACAACAGACAGAUAUAUCCUCCAAUCAAUGUGCUGCCUUCACUGUCCCGAUUAAUGAAAUCUGCUAUAGGCGAGGGUAUGACAAGGAAAGAUCACGCAGAUGUUUCAAACCAGCUGUACGCUUGCUAUGCCAUUGGUAAGGAUGUGCAGGCCAUGAAGGCGGUAGUCGGUGAGGAGGCUCUCACACCUGAUGAUCUGCUGUAUCUGGAGUUUCUACAGAAGUUCGAAAGGAACUUCAUCUCACAAGGGCCGUAUGAAAAUCGGACCGUGUUUGAGACUCUCGACAUUGGCUGGCAGCUGCUGCGAAUCUUCCCCAAAGAGAUGCUGAAGAGAAUUCCCCAGUCCACUUUGGCCGAGUUUUACCCUCGAGACUCUGCAGCAAAGCACUGACAUUGCCUUCCGUGGUCUACAUGCACUCUGCUUUGUGGCACUCAUAUUGUGAGCCACCCCCACCCUCGAGUUGUCACUGUGUUUCACUUUUUGUUCUGUGAUUUUGUUCAAGAGCACAGCUCAGCUAAACUACUUGCUUCAGUGUUGCAUCUCAAAGCAGAGUUUAUAAUAUUCAUCUGGAGGGGAGUCAAACAAUUGAUAUUUUAGUAUGGUCUCUAUUUUAAGUAGCAAUGUAAACUAAACUGGAUUGCUCUGUCAUUGUUUUAGUGGACUGCUGUUUCCUGUCAAACUUGAAAAAGAAGUACAAUCACUACACCGGUUUCAUUGUGUUCAGUACACGCUUUAUUGCACUAUGGGUGAAGAUUUGUCUGUAUUUUCUAUGCUGAGACAGAUGACUUGUUUAAUGCUCUGUUGUGUCAAAUACAACAUGUAGUGUAUGUGCAGAAACACCUACCCAGUGGUGAAGUAUUUACAUGCAUGUUGUAUUUAAUAUUGCAGCAGUGUGAAAGCAUGUUAAUCCUCUCCUUAAAGCUUUUGCAAAGCAGUAUAAAAUGAAAGCCAUCAAUGUACAACACAGCUGUGUUUCCAUCGCCCUGUGAACUAUAAAGGAGUAGGCCGGUUGUUAGUGUAAAAUAAUAGUGCUGAAGAUACUGUCUGGUAACCCUUACGAUCAAAAACUUAUAGCACUGGAUUCUGACAAGGGUUGUUCAUUGAACUGUAUGCAAAUGUGACAUGAAAAAAUAUUUCAAAAAUAAUGUUUGCUGGUUAUGUCAUUGCAUCUUCUUUGUAAGGAUGCAAGGCACGAGGUACAGCAGAGUGGCUUCUGCACAUCUGUUAACCAGCAUUGCACACACUAAUUUGAAUGCUCCUUUUAGAAUGCAUUAAAUAUUUUAAAUUAAAUGUUUAAGUUUAGCAUUCAUACCUAGAAAGAAGUUUGUUUUUGUUCAUUAGGAGGUGGAUGGCAGUUUGUAUUUUAUGUCAGACUGAUUCAGCAAGUGUAAAUAUUUUUAAGCGUGGGUGAGUUUUCUCUCGAGAGAUAUUUUAAACUCUGUUGCUUUUCAGAAGUUCUUCCAAAGUCGUAUCCCAUUGUCAGAGUUGUUUUUGUCUGUUGUAUAAUCCUGUCCCUCUUUUUUUUUUUUCUGAGUGACAUUUACGAAUCCUUCAAAUUCAAAAGAAGGUAUAGAUAUGCCAUCUCAGUCUUGUGAAUUCAAACUUUUGUCCAGUCUGCUGGGUCUGUGUUGUGUUCACCUUUCAUCGAGUGUUGUGAGCAGUUAUGCUGGCCUUGUGCAUUCCUUGUGUCUUCAUACACAUAUGUACAGAGUUUUUGGGUUUCCUAAUGGGUUGAUGGCAUGACGUUCCAUAAUGUAGAAAAUAAAACUGAUAUGUGGAUAUAUUAAAUAUUAAAAUUAAGCGAUGUACACACAAAA